UAAUGUGGCGUUCCACACCCUCGAGAUGAGCUCCAGACUGCGGAUACAGAAUCUGCAGGGGGUCAUGGUCUACGGUAUAAAGGCUUUGUUUUCGCUGCAAUGACUUGCUCUCACUAGACCAAGAUGAAGUCUGCUACUCUCGUUCUCGCUGCCCUCUUCGCUGGAGCACAUGCGGCUGCAACACCGGGCUGUGGCAGUCCUCUUUCUGCACAACUUACCCGUGGAGGCGCCGACAAGACCAACACACUGAGUUUCACUACUUCUGGCGGAGUUGUUCGCAGCUACCUCCUGCAUAUCCCCACAUCUUACGAUGUCAGCACUCCGGCCCCAAUCGCAUUCUCCUACCAUGGCAGAAAUGGUAAUUCUAAGGACCAGGAAACCAUUUCCGGGAUGUCCAACGAAGCAUUCAACCCGAACUAUCUGGUCGUCUAUCCUCAAGGUCUGAACGCUGUAUGGCAAGGUGAUCCAGAUACAAGUGGUUACGACGACGUCGGAUUUACUCUUGAACUUCUGGCCAAUCUCACAAGCACUUUCUGCAUCGAUUCAACCAAAAUUUACGCAGCCGGCAAAUCGAACGGAGGAGGAUUCUCUGCCAACAUCUUAGCUUGUGACCCCCAAGCUUCACGCGUAUUCGCAGCGUUCGGGGGUAUUGCUGGCGCCUACUAUCAAGGCAACACGGACUACCCUUGUGACGGCACGACGGUGCCUAUCACCUGCAAUCCAGGUCGUUACCCCGUCCCAAUUUUCACGACUCAUGGAGAUUCUGAUGCGACAAUCCCAUACACUGGCGGAGGCCGGCGGGGUCGAUGCCUGCCUACUAUUCCGCAUUUCAUGACCGAGUGGUCCGUUCGAAACGGGCUAGGCAGCUCAAAUACCUCGGUCUCGUUGUAUAACAACAAUGUCAUUCGCUAUGAUUACGGCAACGAUAGCUUCUCGCAACUCAGUACUCAUUACCUCGUGCACGGUCUCGAUCAUACUUGGCCUUCCAUAGCAGCCGGUUCGUCCUUCGAUGCAACACCCCUGCUGCUCGCUUUUUGGAACAAAUGGACAUUGGACACUACACCUUACAACUUCGUGAACGCCACCGCCAGCACACCGAUUGUAUCUUCGACCACAAGCACACUCUAUGCCCGUCAGUAA